AUGUCAUCUCUAGCAAUGCAAACGACUCCCCUGUCCAUUUAUAUCCCUGCCGGAAAACCGCUGAACAACACGGUAGAGUCCGGCAAACUACGAGACGGUAGAACGCUUCUCCAAUUACUCACCCAAGACCCAGAAGGAGUCCAAAUUCUGACAGAGGGGGAUGAGGAAGUCACCCUGUUGGAGAUCCUAGCAAGCCCUCAAGACACUGCCCACUGUUCUGACAAGCGAGCAUUGUAUGGAGAGAGUGGAGAGGGUACUCGAGACGUCAAGAGCAAAGUGAACCGUAACACAAAAGGGAAAGGCGCCGACUUCCGAGUUAUUCCUGUACUGAAGAAGGAAAUGGAAAGCAGCUUCCAAGACCCUAGCAAGUCUCCACGUCACUCUUUCCUGUUCUGUACACCAACCGCAGUAUUCAUUCACACCUCUAGCACCUUCACGAUAGUUAUGCAGGCAUGCAUACGCGCCAAAGAGCAAUCAUAA